AUCUGCAGGCGGAUCUCGAGGAAGUCACCUCAUUGUAUCAUGACAGAUGUAUAAUUAUGAAGAAGGGCUGAUGGGCAAAGUUGCAUCUGAUAAAUGUCACAAAUGGGUCUUCAAAGAACCAACUGAAUGUGAACCUAAUAUCUCCAACUACUGGCAAAGCUCUUUUGAUGUUCUGCCCACUGAAUGGACUGAUCAGUUUGAGUCGGGGAUUCAGACUAUAGCUGUGAUUCAAGCUGGUCAUGGUCUUUUGCAGUUGGGCUCCUGCAAGAUUGUAAAAAGAUUCUGUCCCAGAGAGCUUCUUCUUAUAUUUAAAUUUACAUUUACAUGUGAUAAUUAUUAUGGCAUGCUAUGAAUUGGAAUCUCAAUUUCUCUAUCUCAGUUUCUCUUUGGUCUCGUCUUUGCCGGUAGAAUCACUAUCAGGUAUUCAAAUUAUCUUCUUUUUCCCCCGCUACAAUCAUAUAUAUAUAUAUAUAUAUAUAUUUGGGAGUUUGAAAAUAUGUUUGAGUAGCUAUAAUAUUUCCCACACAUGUAUACAUCACCAACUUAUAGUCGAUCUUCAUUUUGGCAUCGACCAAACUCAAAAUAUAUUUAUUUUUCCAAUCUGUUUUACCAGUUUCCUGCCAAUUGAGUAUCUUUUUACUAAGUUUUGCGUAUCUUACUGGAACUCCCAAAGGACAAGUGGUUUUGCUGUGAUGAUUACAGUAGGAUUCAUAUAGCUCUACAAAAUUUGGUAUCACUUGGACUCAAGAUUGUUCCAGCUUCAUUAUGUGAAACUUAAGAAGCAUGUAGAUAAAUGAUUGUUUAUUGAUGAAGCAGAGGAUGAUUUUAAUGGCGAAUUAUAAGUGGAAAAAGACUACAUUAUUUCUCUCAAGGUCUGCUGCUAAUUGCUAUAGGUGAUCGAGAUAGUGACACGAUCAAGAGACAUGAAUCUGUGCAAUUAGUAAUUGAUAAAUGUUACAAAUAGAUUUUUAUUAGACAUUACAUGAGCUUUUAUCAUGUUAUUUUGUACUUGAACCAAAUUUCGUGAUACAUGUAUUGAAUAUUUUGAUGGUAUAAGAAAUAUAUUAGAUUUUAU